UUACAUAUUUCAUUGGAGUUUAAAUGCUGCAAUCAUCAAUGUUAUUGGUAUAUUAACAAUUUUCUCACAGUGAAGUAGGGUACGUGGUUCGGGCCACAGACACAAUGCACAAUUUUAGCGCACGGGAAAAGUACUUGAUAUCAAAUACAUUAAACUGCUUGCCUAUUAUACUGCAAGGACGUGCAGUGCUUAUAGAUCUGCAAAAUGAGACAUCCGUGGCGGGGAUCAUUAGUAUUGCUGACGGCCAUAUGACCUGCGAGCUAACCGCUGCAGUUUUCAUCGAUCGUAAUGGACAAUGUCAUGCAUUCGAUAAUUUUAUGAUACGCAACCGAAUGAUUCGCCUCCUGCAUGUGCCCGCGGAUCUAGACAUCAGACAUGAGCUAUCGCAGCUGCAGCGCAAGCCCACUAACAGGACCAGGACGAAAACCAAGCGCACGUUCAAGCAGAAGCGCGCAGAGGAGCGACACAAGGAAACUCUGGAGACUAUUAAGACUCAAAGAGACGGUGAUAAGCCAAAGGAAACAUAAAAUUGAUUUAGAUUGCGA